GGGAGAUGACUGAAGCGGGGGUGGGAAUCCAGCUCCGCGAGAUGUAGGGGAGGGGAGGAGAUUGGAGUUUGUCAACGUAGAGGCGGCGGUCUUGCUCCCUGUGGCCCCGUCCGUCAAAUCGUGCGCCUUUUAAAGGACCAAGCAGCCGACGAGAUGGCCUUGGCCUCCGUGCGGAGCGGGGCCGGCGGCAGUGACGGCAGGCCGCUGGCGUUGGGACCGCAGGACAUCCCUCUGAGCGCCAUGAGUCCCAAAUUCCUGCACACCAACUCCACCAGUCACACUUGGCCUUUCAGUGCAGUGGCAGAACUGAUAGAUAAUGCAUAUGAUCCAGAUGUAAAUGCAAAGCAGAUGUGGAUUGAUAAGACUGAAAUAAAGGAAAAAAUUUGCUUGAUAUUUGCCGACAACGGCCAGGGGAUGAAUCAAAGCAAGUUGCACAAAAUGUUGAGCUUUGGAUUCAGUGAUAAAGUUGCAGUAAAUGGUCACGCACCUGUUGGGCUUUAUGGCAACGGCUUCAAGUCUGGAUCCAUGCGGUUGGGAAAAGAUGCAAUUGUUUUUACAAAAAAUGGGGAAACAUGUAGUGUGGGCUUCUUGUCGCAGACUUAUCUUGAAGCAAUAAAAGCAGAAAAUGUGAUUGUACCGAUUGUUUCAUUCAACAUGAACAAAAAGCUUCUAAGCGAGGACAUGCAGUCAAGUUUGAAAGCAAUUUUGCAAUAUUCUUUAUUUAACACGGAAAAAGAGCUCCUGGCAGAACUGGAUGCUAUUUCUGGAAAACGAGGGACAAGGAUUAUAGUUUGGAAUAUAAGAAUAACCAAGGAUGGAAAACCAGAGUUUGACUUUGAAUCUGAUAAGCAUGACAUCAGAAUUCCCGGAGAUCUUUUAGAUGACGACACAGGAAAAAGAAAGUACAAAAGACAGGAACGGAUGGAUCAAAUUGUGCCUGAAAGUGAUUAUUCUUUAAGAGCCUAUUGUAGUAUUUUGUACCUGAAGCCACGGAUGCAAAUCAUUCUUCUGGGAGUGAAAGUCAAAACUCAGCUCAUUUCUAAAAGUCUCGCUCACAUUGAACAUGAUAUAUACAAACCAAUGUUUAUUAACAAAAACAUAAAAAUAACCUUUGGCUUUAACUGGAGAAAUAAAGAACAUUUUGGAAUAAUGAUGUACCAUAAAAAUAGACUGAUUAAGUCUUACGAGAAAGUUGGCUAUCAGCUCAGAGCAAACAACAUGGGAGUUGGUGUUAUUGGAAUUAUUGAGUGCGACUUUCUUAAGCCAACACAUAAUAAACAAGACUUUGAUUAUACGAAUGAGUAUAGACUGACGAUUCAAGCACUAGGACUGAAGCUGAAUGAUUACUGGAAUGAGAAGAAGAAUAAAAGAAACCAAGAAGAUCCUCAGAGUGUUGUACCGGUAGAAGAUUCGCAGAAGCUUCCUGAUCAAGUUUGGGCUCAAUGUGAUGGCUGUUUAAAAUGGCGAAAGCUUCAAGAUGGGAUUGAUCCAGAUAUGCUGCCUGAUAAGUGGUUCUGUAGCAUGAAUCCAGAUCCAUGUUUUAGGAGCUGCAGUGUUCCAGAAGAACCUGAAGAUGCUAUUGAUGUUACUCCCAGUUAUGAAAAAACAUAUAAAAAGCUAGAACAAAGAAAUCGUGAGAAAAACCGACAGCGAUUAAUGGAUCAAGACAAACAGCAGAAAUAUUUAGAAGAGCAGCUCAAAAUAAAGGAGCAAGAACUUCAAGAGGAGAGAAGGAAACGACAGCAGAAUAUGGAUCUACAGAACAUCAUACAGAAGUAUAAUAAGGAAGCUGAUGCUCUUAGAAAGGAACAGGAAUUAUUGCAGCAAAAGCUACAAGCAAAGAACCUUAAGGCCAUAUUGCCGAGACAGAUGGACCAUCAUGAAACCACAGAAGUAACUUCAAGUGCCCAGAAUCUCACUAAGUGGGUGGUCAAUGGAAACAAUACAUUGAACAUAUCACCCUGCCCAGCAACAGCUGCCACAGCCUCUCCUGUGAGUAACCUUCAAAUUGUGGAAGUUAAGUCGCUAUCAACACCACAAAUACCAUUUAAUGGUCAAAGUGCUAAACGAACAUGUAACUAUGAAAGUGCGAUUCCAAAUCCAAAGCAACCAAAAUUAGACGAAGGAAUAACUUUUGCCAGCUCUGUAAAUGGGGAAACUGUUAAUGAUACAACAUUUGAUGACGAUGUCAUUAUUGUUGAUGAGAAAAGUACACCAAGGCCUAGUUUAACUUUUGACUUGUCAAAAGUAAAACAUGAGCACAGAGCAAGUACAGAUACAACUGACUUUUGCAAUGAUGUGCUGCUCAGUAAUUGUGAAGAACGAGUUAAAGGUACGCAGACUGAGAACCCAGCAAUUUCUGUCAAGGAGGAGGGCAAUGGAUCUGAAAAGCACAACCUCUCCAGUGGCGCCAGUGAUCUGAAAGAACAAGUUCAGCAGUCACGGGGUGACGAGCUUCAGUGUUUGGCAAAUAACGAGGGAAGCAUAGCUCAAACCAGCGAAGAACAAAACAUCCAAAAUGUUGUUCUGAAAGCCAUGACUGACGAGAGGGAUCACUACAAGGCAAAAUGUGAACAGAUAGAGAAAGAACUGGAAAAUGUUCAAAAAAAGCUUUUGGAAAAAAGUGAGUGCCAUGUCAAAAAAGAGUGCUGCCAUCAGUGGACACAGUCUGAAUUUAUUAUUGGGGACCAUGCAGAGAGUAUGGACGAUUUCUGCAAACUCAGUAAUGAAGAAAAGGCAACCCAAUAUGAAUCGGCAUUAAAGGAAAUGGAAAAGUUAAAGAGACAGUGCCAAACACUGGAGAAUUUAAAGUUUGAAUGUUUCACUUGUAAUCUGAAAGAAAAUGAUAAUUUGGUAAAAAAGGAGGAUGACGAGCUAAUUCUGCAGCUGGACAGUAUGUUUCGACAAUUAGACAGCUGCAAGUCUGAGCGAGAUCAGCAUAAAGAGAAAGCUGAACGAUUGCAAAGCGAAAAUGAUACAAUCAAGCUCAACUUGGCAAAUCUUUGUAAAGAAGUGGAACGUUUAAAGCAUGAAGCCACUGAAGCACAACAGAGUAACCUUCCAGAUGGCAUUAGUGUGAAACUCAGGUCUCUGCGGAUCGGUAUCGCACAGAUUCUGGCUAAAAUUGUACCUGAGCUGGACUUAGCACAAAUAAACUAUGAAAGUGAAGUUGUUGAUGAGAUUUUGGAACAGGUGUUAUCUGCCAAUGAAUCAUGAAGGCCAUCGCCUGUUUUGUUACAUGGAUAUCUUAUGAAAACAUCAAUGGACUGUGUAACUAUGUCAGUAGACUUUUGAUAAAACCAGAGCUUACAAGUGAGCGAAUUAUGCACUUCUGUGAUCACAAUGGUUUCUGAUUUUUUUUUUCAGUAGACCAAAAGUAUUGAUUUCUUAAAUUGCUGGUCAGGUUACUUCAGCAAUGAAUUGCAGGCUGGCUGAGCGUAAUGGGGUAGGUCCUUUAACAUAAACAGCUCAAAUUGGUAAUGUUAAUUUCUUGACCUGUCUUGUGCAAAGACGAUGUUCUCUUUUGUGGUAUUAUAUCAAGACUUUUUGCUUAUGCCAUCUGUGGCUUAUCUCAAUUGCUCAUCUUUCUUAAUCAAUAGGGAUCAGUAGAAGGGGAGGCUAUUAUGUUUUUUUUAUCAACUAGGGAUCAUUUCCCCUUUUUUAAAAGAGAUUUUGUUCAUGUAUCCAUAGGCAUUUGUCAUGUGCACAUUUUGUUGGUUCUUGGAUUAAAUAAUGGUGCUGUAAAGCUUUAUGUAAUUUCAUAUUAAUUUCAUUAUAAAUCUUUCACAAUCUAAUGACAUGCACUUUUCACCUUCUUUCUGAAUAGUAAUUUAGAUUGCAGAAACCUAGCAUUACUUUAUUUCCCUUUUAACCUACAAACACUAUGGCAGAAAUAGGGUUCUGCAGUCUGCCUCAAUGUUUGUAGGUUAAGAUCAGAAAACCUGGUUUGGGUGGUCUUUGUGAGUGCAGAUCUUGGUGAGACUGGAUCAUUGUUUACUAUGAUGGCUAUUAUGACAUUUGCUGUUCAGGCAAGUGGGUGUGUAAACCCCCAUUUGACAGAGGUGCCAGAGGCCAACGCUGGUGUGUGUGGAAUCUAGUACCCAUCAAGGAAUCAACACUGCCAAGAAAUUAUAAAUGAGAGAAAAACAUAUGUGCAAGAUUUCAUCUAACAUCGUUUGAAAGAAAAUCCAGCAUCACUUCAUUGUUUGUGGUAAGGUAUCACUGGUGCCCUCCUAUUCUCCCUCUUUCACAGAAAGUUCUGGACAGGAUGGAACUCUUCUUAUGGAUUAUAUGAAUAUAUUAAAAAUAGGUAGACUAUUCUUAGAGUUGAGAUUGGGCAAAUUGUGGCUUCUUAUCUCAAUCCAUUCAAUAUGUUAAUAGCAGACCAGUCUAGAGCACUUUCAUAUCCAUCCCUUCUUUGCAUGUAAGGGCUUUUGUUGGAUGCUGUUUCCUGAUAUCUAAUUGAAAAUAGAUAGUUGACUAGAACUAUACACUCAGACCUCAUUAUCUGCGAGGGAUAGAGGCAUGGACUUGCUGUGUAUACCAAGAAAUUGCAGAUAGCAUUUCUGUGUGAUCGGUUGAUUGAGGCAGGUCGGAUGAGAUGAUGGGAUGAAAAACGGGUCUGGCGCCGACCUUGCAAGUAUGUGGAUCCAUGGACAGCGAAUUAGCAGAUAAUAAGGACUGAAUGCAUGUAUGGGUUACAGUUUUCUCAGUUUCUUUGCUAAUUUGAAUACAGGAUUGAGUUAUUUUCAUACAGAAAUGAAGUACUCUGUAACAAGCCUUCUCUGAAAUGCUGUGUACUCAGUCAAUGCAUUGUUGAUUUGAUCUGCUACAUAUUGAUGUUUCUAGGGAAAUGGAUUUAUAAUAGUGGUAGUAGCUAGUUUUCUUUUUGGAAAAUGUAACAUUAAGAUCAGAACUCCUAAGAGAAUUUCUGUGAUAUUCAAAAUUUUAUUUGUAAAAAUAUACAGCCUUACUAUCACCACCAUGUUCAAAACCUCUGCCUUGAUGUAUACAUUCUAAGAUAUUCUACACCCAGCAUUAUUAAUGUGUCUCUGCAAUGUACAACAGAGAGUGUAUGCAAUAUGUACAUCAAGCUUGUUCAGUGGA